AUGGGAAAACAACAUCCCUCUUCACGUAGAGAUGUUAGGGAUGCGAUGAUGGUUCGUGAGGAAAGGUCAUCAUGGAUGAAGUUUACGUUUCAGAAUCGGUUCUUCUUGAAAAAAGUACGAUGGCAGAUUUCUAUUCUGGCACAUAUCGGGUUUGCAAUUUCGUUCGGUAUUCGGGCGAAUUUCGGUGUGGCCAAGAAUCGCAUGGUGAGCAACUUUACCGACGCCUACGGUACUUUUCAUGAACCACAGUUUUUUUGGUCGGCAACGGAGCUGGGAAUGUUGGAGAGCUCAUUCUUCUACGGUUAUGCCAUCUCGCAGAUUCCGGCUGGAAUUCUAGCCGCGAAAUUCGCUCCAAACAAACUGUUUUGCUUUGGUGUGGGGACGGCCAGCUUGCUGAACAUCAUCGUUGCAUUUGCUUUUCAAUAUCAUCCGUUCACUGACAUGAUGGUGAUAGUAAUGCAGGUCAUCCAGGGAAUGGCGCUGGGUGUCACCUAUCCAGCAAUGCAUGGUGUCUGGCGCCACUGGGCGCCACCACUUGAGCGAUCGAAACUCGCCACAACCACGUUCACUGGAAGUUAUGUAGGCCUGAUGGUCGCUUUACCGGUGUCAGCAGCCACUGUCAGCUACUUCUCAUGGUCAGCACCGUUCUAUGUCUAUGGCGUAUCUGGACUUCUAUGGGCGAUGAGUUGGUGGUGUGUGUCGUCAUCGUCACCUAGCGAUCAUCGUUACAUCACCGACGAAGAGCGCACAUACAUUACUGAAAAAGUCGGCACCGUAGCAAGCGGGAACAUGACCUUGACGACGAUACCUUGGAAAUCCAUUCUGUUCUCGUUACCGGUUUGGGCGAUUACCAUUUCCAAUUUUUGCCGGUCGUGGACGUUCUUCUUGUUACUAAGUAAUCAACUCACUUACAUGAGAGAUGUACUACAUCUUGACAUCCGACAUAGCGGUAUGAUAUCGGCUCUUCCGCAAUUGAUGAUGGCUAUUGUUGUUUUGAUAUCGGGACAAGUAGCUGACUGGCUUAGAUCGACCGGUAAAAUGAGCACAGGCGCCGUUCGGAAGUUGUUUAACACACUUGGAUUUAGUGGAGAGGCGUUCUUUAUGGCGAUGUUGGGAUUUGUCAAAGAACCGGGCAUUGCUGUAGCUUGUCUGGUCAGUGCCGUCACAUUUAGUGGAAUGAAUAUUGUCGGCUUUAACGUGAACCAUUUCGACAUCGCUCCGCGUUAUGCGCCCAUUUUGAUGGGUUUCACGAACGGAUUCGGUGCACUGGCCGGUAUAGGUGGAUUCAUUACACAACACUUGACGUUGAAUAAUCCUGAAGGGUGGAAGUACUGCUUCCUACUUGCGAUGACCGUAGAUAUUUUUGGCACGCUGUUCUUCCUACUGUGCGCAGAAGGAGAAGUACAGGAGUGGGCUCGCGAACCAGAACCGCAAGAAACGCUUGGCGAAUUUGUUAGGCGAAUAUGUAUGUCUAGUGUAGAAAAAUUUACCGGUACCCUGGAACAGAAGCCUUUAUCGAAUAUUUUUAGCGACUAUGGUACGUAG